AAGCACGCAAAACAAAUUACAAUAAAAUGUGAUAAGUUCUUUAAAAGAGGUAAGAGCAACGUGCUUUGGGAGCACAGAAGAGGGAGAGAGUGGCAUCCUACCUGAAUGAGCCGGGGAAUACACAAGGGAAGCCCGUUUUCUCAUUUAAUCUUUACAACACUCUUACAAGGUUCCUUGGUUGUGAAAAUACGUGAGAUAAAUCAUGAAGGCAACCAUCAUCUUCCUCCUGCUUGCACAAGUUUCCUGGGCUGGACCAUUUCAACAAAGAGGCUUGUUUGAUUUCAUGCUAGAAGAUGAGGCUUCUGGGAUAGGCCCGGACGAUCACGUUCCUGAGUUUCCUGACUUAGAGCGUCUGGGACCAGUGUGUCCCUUCCGCUGUCAAUGCCAUCUUCGAGUUGUCCAGUGUUCUGAUUUGGGUCUGGACAAAGUGCCAAAAGAUCUUCCCCCUGACACCACGCUGCUGGACCUGCAAAACAACAAAAUAACUGAAAUCAAAGAUGGGGACUUUAAGAACCUGAAGAAUCUUCAUGCGUUGAUUCUUGUCAACAACAAAAUUAGCAAAAUCAGCCCUGGAGCAUUUACACCUUUGGUGAAAUUGGAACGACUUUAUCUGUCUAAGAAUCAGUUGAAGGAAUUGCCAGAGAAAAUGCCCAAGACUCUUCAGGAGCUGCGUGUCCAUGAGAACGAGAUCACCAAAGUGCGGAAAGCUGUGUUCAAUGGACUGAACCAGAUGAUUGUCGUAGAACUGGGCACCAACCCACUGAAGAGCUCAGGAAUUGAAAACGGAGCCUUCCAGGGAAUGAAGAAGCUCUCCUAUAUCCGCAUUGCUGACACCAAUAUAACCACCAUCCCUCAAGGUCUUCCUCCUUCCCUUACUGAACUACAUCUUGAUGGCAACAAAAUCACCAAAAUUGAUGCAGCUAGCCUGAAAGGACUGAACAAUUUGGCUAAGUUGGGACUGAGUUUCAACAGCAUCUCUGCCAUCGACAAUGGCUCCCUGGCCAACACUCCUCAUUUGAGGGAACUUCACUUGGACAACAACAAGCUCAUCAAAGUGCCUGGUGGGCUGGCGGAUCAUAAGUACAUCCAGGUUGUCUACCUUCAUAACAACAAUAUCUCUGUAGUUGGAUCUAACGACUUCUGCCCACCCGGAUACAACACCAAGAAGGCUUCUUAUUCGGGUGUGAGCCUUUUCAGCAACCCAGUCCAGUACUGGGAGAUCCAGCCAUCCACCUUCCGGUGUGUCUAUGUGCGCUCUGCCAUUCAGCUCGGAAACUACAAGUAACUCCCAAGAAAGCCCUCAUCUUUAUAACCUGGCAAAAUCCCAUUAAUGUCAUGCUCGAAAAAAAAAAA